AUAAUGGCAAUAAAAUUAUAAUUAAGACGGAAACCAGCCAGUUUGUUCAGACGAGGCGCAGCCGGCAAGCAAGAUGGUGAAAUCAUUAGCGUUGUUAGCGUUUGCCGUUAUCGUAUCAGUGGGAAUCUUAGCAGUCGCUGCUCAGAGCACAGAAUGCAACAAACCGGACGAGGAGAAGCGCUGCGUGAUGGUCUGUCCACCUCAGAAAACCUGCCGAAACAUGGACAUACUAGUAUCUUGCCUGUACAACCCCUCAGAAGUUUGCAAGGAUACGUGCGUCUGCCAAGAGGGCUACUUCAGGAAUGAUGGAGGGGAAUGUGUGACGACAGACGAUUGCACAAAAUGCGGCGGCCAAAACGAAUACUUCUCGUGCCGAGUUCAACCAGACCAGACGUGUGCAUCGCUCACCGACAAGUCGGCAGACCAGGACAGUGAGCAGUGUAAGGAGCAGUGCUACUGCAGCCCUGGAACUGCGAGAGAUGAGAACGAUGUGUGCGUGCCGACCGACCAGUGCAACAAACCAUGCGGUGUUGGAGAAACAAAAGACUACUGCCCAGCAAACUGCGCCAGUGACUACUGCCCUAAGAACGCGAAGACCGCUUCUUGCGCUCGCCCGACGGUCUGUCCUCCGCCACAGUGCAAGUGUAGAUUCAACUACCGUCGCGCUGUUAAUGGGACAUGUAUACCUACACGCGAUUGCCCCCCAUUUGAGUGCAACAAGCGCUUCGAAAAAUACUACUCUUGCCCGCCGCUCUGUCCAAACGGGUCCUGCGGCCAGGCCACUCCAACAGGAGCCUGUCCUGCAUAUUUCGGAAGAAUAGGCAUUGUACUGGAAUGCAGCCCGAGCUGUCGGUGCAAGGAGGGCUACUUUUGGAAUGAGGACAAGGUCUGCGUGCCUUACAAUCAAUGCCCGGGCAAAGGCAAUACGACUUCGGAAUAA